UGCCGACAACCAUUUGGACAUCUCAUGUUAGGCCAGACAUCAUGGAGAUGGAGGCGCCAGAGAUGCAGUAUAUGAAUGGCAUGCUGCGACACUCAUCGCUCAGCAUCCCAGAUUUGCCAACAACUCCACAACUGCGUCACAAAACGCCCAGCCUGUUACUUCACAUCACAUUCGAAGAAAUCUUCUUGUUAUAAUGGCUGCCGCCAAUAUCAAGUACAAGCCUGCAUCUGAUAUUCCCAGUCUAUCUGGCCGAGUGUUCCUGAUUACUGGUGGCACCAACGGUCUUGGUGCAUCAUCAAUCUCUUUCAUAGCAUCUCACAACCCAGCACAUAUCCUCUUCAGCGGUCGCAACAAAGCUCGUGCGAAUGACCUCAUCUCUAAGAUUGCGCAAGCCUCGCCUUCUACCAAAGUCACUUUCGUUGAGUGCGACCUGGCCAGCCUCACCUCUGUUCAAUCUGCCGCCAAGCAGAUCCUGUCGUCCACAGAUCGUCUCGAUGUUCUGAUGUGCAACGCAGGUAUCAUGGCCGUGCCAAAUAGCGUGAGCAAGGACGGUUACGAAAUCCAGUUUGCGACAAACCACCUUGGCCAUGCGCUGCUCAUGAAGCUACUCUUACCCCUCAUGCUCGAGACCGCAGCGCAGCCCGACGCCGAUGUCCGCAUCGUCAACCUCUCAUCGGUUGCUUAUAAGAACAACAUACCUUCCACCGGCAUCGAGUUCCAGAAACUGAAGACCAAGGGUGCAAACUACGGGUCGUUCUUCGCACUGAACAAGUGGGUCUGCUAUUCGCAGUCCAAGCUAGCGAACCUGCUAUACGCCACGGAGUUAGCUGCUCAUCAUCCUAGCAUUACAUCCGUCGCGGUCCACCCGGGCUUCAUCAAGACAGACAUCUUUGCGAGCACAAAUUUCAUGGAUCGUCAGAUCGUGAAUCUCGUUUCGGGUGGGAAUUGGCUGGAUGCGGAGCAAGGUGCGUAUAACCAGACGUGGGCUGCCACCACCGAGAAGGAAAACUUGGUAAAUGGCGCUUAUUACGAGCCCGUGGGUGUGAAGACGACGCCGAGUACGAAACGAGGGAGGGAUCAGGCGCUUGCGAAGGAGCUGUGGGAGUGGACUGAAAAGGAAUUGAAGGCGUGGGUUUGAUGCCUGAGGAAUUGGAUUAGCGACUUGCGUUGUAAAGAGAACUCGGCGUUCUUUGUUCAAAGUGUGGUUUUCGUUCGUAGAUAUCCUAACGCUAAUUCCGUAAUACCUAGAAUUCUUACCUCCAAA